UUUUAAUCAGACCUUAUUACGUACGUAACGUCGGUAACGUUGAAUUACCAUCAUCAGUUAAAUAUUGCUUAACAAAAAGUUGCUUUCAUUUACUUCGCAAAACGGAUACCGUUCUACAUCGAAGCGGCAUUACGCGUGAGCGUCCCAACGAAAUUUGGUGGUAAACGAAGGCAGUGUGAUAUUCCGUGAAUGUUGGGUAGCCGACGUGCAGGCAAACUGUUGCACGGGUAACAUUUUACGAUCAUCAAAAAACGAUGGAGAAGGCGAACAGUGAAACAAGGUCGCAGGAUAUCGAUGUUCCACGGGUGCGGAAUUUGUUGCUACGGUCGAUGUGUGCCGUGUACCUGAUGGCAUUUGUUGGAUUUUAUUGUCAGGCUGAAGGUCUGUACGGUGAUGCGGGCAUUCUUCCGGCGAGCCGGAUCCUGUCGAACGGCACGCUGAAGGAGCGGCUGACCCUGCUCCAGCUCGGACCGUUCCUCGGGCUCGGCGAUGGGCACGAGGCAAUUGAUUUGUUGUGUCUGGUUGGGGCAACCGUCGCCUUUCUCGGGCUGAUCACCCGGACCCACUGCCGGCUGGUCAGCUUCAUCGUGAUGUGGUCGGUGUACUUUUCGCUGGUCCAGAUUGCCCAGUCCUUCCGCCAGCAGGCCGAUCAUCUGCUGCUGGAGGCCGGAUUCCUCUGCAUACUGCUGGCACCGACGCGGCUUACCGACCGCCGGCAUCCGAUGGAGAAUAUUGCGCUGCUGCUGCUGAAGUGGCUCGUGUUUCGCUUCAUGUUUGCGUCCGGGUCGGUGAAGUUGGCCAGCGGUUGCCCGCUCUGGUGGUCGCUGGAUGGGUUGAAGCGGCACUACGAAACGCUGCCACUGCCGACGUCCUACAGCUGGUACACGUAUCAGCUGCCGGAUGCGUUCCAUCGCGCCAGCACGAUCUACGUGUAUCUGAGCGAGCUGGUCGUCCCGUGGCUGUUCUUCGCACCGAGCAAAGCGGUACGCCGGUUCGCCCUCUGGUGGCACGUGUUUCUUCAUCUCAACAUAAUCGGUUGCGGGAAUUACGGAUUUUUGUCACCACUCGUGCUGAUCCUGCUGCUGACGCUGCUGGACGACGAGGACGGAAUAGUUGUGUGGCUGCACGAACGGAUUUCCGGCGAACCACGACAAUCGGCACGGGGAAAGGGACACAACCCGCCGAAACCGGCUGACGCCGAUCGGUACGGUGGACGACUGGUGAAGGUGAUCGCGUUACUGAUGGUGGCGGGAUCGUGGCUUUGCUUCAGCAUUGAAUCUUCGGACGAAGGGCAGCUUACGUUUAAGCCGUCCUUCUCGCGCGACCAGUAUCUGAACUUCAUGCAGACCAUGAUACGAACCGCACCGUUGCUCGUGUUUGUGCUCAUGGUUCGGAAGUUCCUGCAACUUCUCUCCUCCCAGGACAGCGUAGGAAGUUUGGCCGACGGAAUGCGACAAUUUUUGAAAAAUCUUGGACUGCUAAUUUCCACCAUCGUUGCGUUCACGGUGUUUUUUAUGUCGAUUGUACCACACUCCCGGUUGCUGCCAAGCACCUCCAUCGCUUCGCCCGUGAUGACACGCGCCUACGGUGGGCUCCACAGCCUGUACGUCGUGAACCAGUACGGACGGCACCUAACGACGAUGCGCCCGAUGAGGCGCGAAAUUAUUCUCGAAUAUUCGGACGAUCUGAACGGUACCUGGCACGAGUACGGCUUUCAGUACAAACCGUGGACGAUCGAGCGUGCCGCGUCGCUGCCGUACGGGUGGCUCUAUUUCCCACGGUUCGAUUUCAAAUUUUACGACGGUUCCGGUUCGAAAACCGAUGCACAAAAGUGGAUCUACCCGUUGAUCCACCGGUUGCUCGAACAUCAGCGUCCGGUGCUGGAUCUUCUCGACGGGCAUCACAUCCCAGCGCAGGCACCGAAGUACAUCCGCACCGCGCUGUAUCGGUUUGCUUACACAUCGUUCGGGGAGCGGGAUUUCUGGACGCGGGAAAGACUCACGGACUAUUUCAACGUGUUCUCGCACGACGACUCCCAUCUGCGGGAGAAGCUGAAACAGAUGAACUUCCGGCUGACGGUGGAACCCACCGGUGGAUCGUGGAACUGGCUGUUACGGUGGCUGUUGGAUGCAGUACGCCGAUUCGUAGGCGCCAUCGAGGGAAGUUAUCUGUUGGUGGGACUGUUUGUAGCUGCCGGUAUGGUUAUCUACACCCAGCAACAGCACCAGCGGACCGGUCAGUCCACCUAAACCGAAAGCCCUUCGAGAGACUGCGCAGAACAAGAAAAGAAAGGGGCUGCCAAAAAAAAAAACGGUGUCAAUUGUAGUCAAAUUAUUGCAAACAAAAAACGAUCGAACGUUUAUUAUAUACGCACUGAGAGAAAGGAGUAUUGGCAUUUGCUGUUGCACCAUUGCACACGAAAGAUCUCACCGUCUUGCUGUCGCGGUAGCGAUUAUACAAUCCUGUAGGGUACGAGUCCACAGAGAUAGUGUUACUGUGUUUUAUUUCCUGUUUUCCUUCUUGUUUUGUCCCUACAUUCGCGAUCACAUUCAUUCCACGCUAGGGCGCAAAAUAAAGAAACACACAAAGAAAUAACAAUUCAAUCUCACAACGUCGUCGUUCGUUUGAUUGGUUUUUUUGUUUUUAUUUUUAGGUCUGUAUGCCGGGUGAGGGUUUCCUUUCCAUUAUCAGGCAUCAGGAUA